UCCGUCUAAAUUUCUUGAAAAAAACGAAGAUUUUUGGUGUAUUAACCAGGAAAAAGUUUGUUGAUAAGAUUUUAAAUAAUCAGCAAUUUUUUUUGUUUACUUUUUAUUUUCUUUAUCUAUGACUAGAUAAUUAAUUUAAAAAGACUAAAAUUUUUUGAUCACUAAAUAUAAAAAAAUGGAGCCAACGUUUUCUGUUACAAUAUCUGGAGACCACAACUUUUAUGAACAGUUAAGAAGUGGAAACGAUAUAACAAUAAAAACUCCCAAGAACUGUGUUAGAUGCAAAAGGAAAUUUUCACAUCGUCAUUCCAAAUUUUCAUCAAGUAGAAGUGGCAGUGUAGCAAGCAUGCCUGAGCGUCAUGCUUGGAAGCCCAAUCCUUUACACGAAGAUGGAGUCUCUCUCAUUAGCGAGCCAGUAGCCACAAAUUAUGUUAGCAGGCAAUCUUGCAACACUAAUUACACAGUCAGGGAAUCUACUGAGAAACGCAUAAACUUAAAAGAUCCUUUUGAAAAAAUAUUUCGUUCAAAUUAUUGUAAAAAAGAUGAAAUUAUUACAGCAAGUACUUCCAUACCUCCUUUUAUUGUAGUCAACGUUCCAAAAAGUCAAAACUUUCAACAAUCAAUGCAUGAAACAAGCACAAUUGUUAGCGAAGGUAUAAAAUGUCGUUACUGUUACAAUAUCGAAGAUGAAAACCUCAUAACUCCUUGUCGUUGCUCAGGUAGUUCAAAGUUUGUUCACAAGUCAUGUUUAGAAAAAUGGCUAACCUUGAAAAAUAAAAAUGAAUGUGAAAUUUGCAAAACAAAAUAUAAUAUAAGGACGUCAUUCAACCCAAUUUGGGCGCUGAGGUUUCCAAGCAUGGAUAAAAGAGAUGCCGCACUUCUAUUUAUAACUUUGUCGUUUUACAUAACUUUAAUUCUUCAAUUUCUUGGUGCAGUUUUUAUUGGUGUAUCUGAACCAACAGCUAUACCCCAUAUGAUGCGAAGUGUAACACUAACUGGUCUAUCGCUCGGCUUGCUUUGGUUUCUGAUUGGAGCCAUUUUUUUAACAAUUAUUGUAUAUACUUCUCGCUAUUGGGAAGAAUUCAGAAAAAUGAACAGACAAAAAACCCUCAUUAUAGAUAAAAUUGAAACUUACAACAAAAGUUCACGCUCAAUAAAUGUUUUAGCAGAUACAUUUAAAUCAGAUUCCAAUAACUUUAAAAAAUUACCAAAUUACGUCAGUACUAUGAACAUUGAAACGUUCGAGACGACGAGUAGCGUUUCCGCAAGUAAUGCUACUUUUGACAACGAUUUUCAUAGCUUUCAAAAUAAUAAAAACCAAAAUAAUAAGUUGCUAAUGAGUGAAAAAAAUUGUUUUUUAAGAUCAAACAAUAAGAAUGAAGGAGAUUGUAUUACAGUUUCUGUAGACUUUGAAGCAACAAAAACACUUCAAUCAAAUGUUAUUAAAGACAAAAGUAACCGCCAAUCAAUAACGUUUGAGGAUAAAAGUAUACUGCAGUCAGGUGUUAAUAACGAUAAAAGUAAUCGACAAUCGAAAAUUUUUGACGAAAAAAAUAUUCGAAAUUCGAAAGUUAUUGAAGAUAGAAAUUUCCGAAACUCAAAAAUUAUUGAAGAUAAAAAUAUUCGUCAUUCAAGAUAUUAUGAUGACCAAAGUAAACCUGAUUCAUUAGGACGCCGAUCUAGGAGAAAUAGUAGUAGAAGCUACAAAAAAGACGAGACUAUAUCCACCAUGCUGCCAAUUGAUUUAUCUCUUGCAGUUGCUGUUUAAACUUUCUAUUCAUUUAAAAAUUCUAAAAUUAA